GUUAAUGUCUUUUCUUUUGUGUUGUUAAGCAGAAAAUCAAUUUCGAUCCAAGAGUGUUAUUCCUUAAUUGUGGGGAAUGAAGAAGGAUAUAAUGUUAAUUAGUUGGAGAGUGUGUAGUUUUAAACAAACUUUAUUAACUUUACAAAACCUUAAGUCUAUUACUUAAUCUUUAACCUACAAAUUAACUUGCACAGGCUUUUUAUAAAAAUGGCAGCAAAUUAUUUUUGUAGUAAAGCUUCUGAUGCCGCUAACGAAGAUUGGCAGUUACCUUUGUCUUUUCUCAAAAAGCAUCAUGUGGAAACUAUUGAGGGGGCAGCCACAGAAUUUCACAGUUGGAGAAUGAAGGAAAGGAUGAAGACAGUGAGCGUUGCCCUCGUGAUAUGUCUCAACGUUGGAGUCGAUCCACCAGACAUUGUCAAGACUCAGCCUUGCGCCAGGCUAGAGUGCUGGAUCGACCCGUUGUCCAUGAGUCCGCAGAAGGCCCUGGAGAGCGUAGGCGCAAGUCUGCAGAAGCAGUAUGAACGUUGGCAGCCCAAGGCCCGCUACAAGCUAUCCCUCGACCCCACAGUGGACGAGGUCAAGAAGCUGUGCACUUCCCUCCGUCGCAACGCCAAGGAGGAACGAGUGUUGUUCCACUACAACGGACAUGGUGUACCCAAACCUACCAGUAACGGGGAGAUUUGGGUGUUCAACCGGAUGUACACACAGUACAUUCCACUGUCAGUUUAUGACCUACAGACGUGGAUGGGAGCUCCGUCCAUCUACGUGUAUGACUGCUCCAAUGCUGGAGUGAUUGUCGAUCUAUUUCGACAAUUAGCUGAUCAGCACGAAAAGGAGUACGAGCAAGCGAAUCCCGGUGCUGGUAAUAGAGGUGCAGUCUCGUUCAAAAACUGCAUCCAGCUGGCAGCUUGCGGAGCAGAUCAGAUUCUUCCGAUGAAUCCUGAUCUCCCAGCUGAUCUGUUCACUUCUUGCCUCACAACGCCAAUCAAGAUCGCUCUACGAUGGUUUGUGAUGCAGAAUCAAAAUCGUCUAGAACCAAGAAUCACACUGGAUUUAAUUGAUAAGAUUCCCGGGCAGUUGAGUGACAGAAGAACCAUGUUAGGAGAGUUGAACUGGAUCUUCACAGCCAUAACAGACACGAUAGCAUGGAACACCUUGCCUCGAGACCAAUUCCAAAAGCUGUUCCGUCAAGACUUGCUAGUCGCAAGUUUGUUCCGCAACCUGUUGCUGGCCGAGCGUAUUAUGAGGAGUUACGACUGUACACCAGUGUCGUGGCCUGUACUGCCUCCCACAUAUCAGCAUCCUAUGUGGCAAGCGUGGGACCUAGCCUUGGACCUGUCAUUGGCUCAGCUACCUGCGGUUUUGGCGAAUGAGGAAAGUUUCACCCAUUCACCUUUCUUUGAAGAGCAAUUGACAGCCUUCCAAGUUUGGCUUCAGCAUGGGUCAGAGCAUCGAAGUCCACCUGAACAACUACCUAUUGUUUUACAGGUACUGCUCAGUCAGGUCCAUCGUCUGAGAGCGCUGGAGUUGCUAGGCAAGUUCCUAGACCUCGGCCCGUGGGCAGUCAACCUCGCAUUGUCUGUGGGGAUAUUCCCUUAUGUCCUUAAACUACUGCAAGGUGCUAAGGAACUGAGGCCUCUCUUAGUGUUCAUCUGGGCAAAGAUAUUGGCUGUCGACAUCACAUGUCAAGUGGACCUUGUACGAGAUAAUGGACACAAGUAUUUCUUGUCUAUCCUCCAAGACACUUCAGUACGGAGCGAUGACCGGGUGAUGUCAGUGUUAGUGUUGGCCAGCAUUGUACACAAACACCCGGCGGGCCAGGACGUGGCACGUGCCAACAACCUGGUGUCAAUCUGUCUGGAACACCUACAGGACUCGGACGCAAGGAUGCGCCAGUGGCUUGCACUGUGUCUGGCGCGUCUCUGGGACAACUACGACCAAGCUAGAUGGUGCGGAGUGAGAGAUGUGGCCCACGAGAAACUUUAUGUUCUUCUCAACGAUCCUGUACCGGAGGUGAGAGCGGCUGCGGUUUACGCCCUCGGAACAUUCAUCAGCUCGGUAACCGAACGUAGCGAGCACGCCAACAACAUUGACCAGAGUGUGGCUAUGAUGUUGAUCAACACCGUGUCCCAUGAUAUGUGUCCCCUGGUUAGAAAGGAGCUGGUGGUUGCAUUGCAGUGGAUGGUGUUGGUUUUUGAAAACUCCUUUCUCUCAGUCGCUCUGCAUGAGUUGAGGAGGGAUAGCUCACAAGUAGAUAAGGCUACCGAUGUUCUGUCAGACGCUAUGUUGUCACCGACGUCCUCGUUGAAGCGCAACGUAUCCCGAGAAAGGAUCAGGACGAUCAGCAACAGUCUGUACGCGAGCGACCACAGCGACUCCAGUGGCCACGGAUACUCGGCUCAAGAGCGGCUGAAACGAGUCUCGUCUAGUUCCUCUAUCAGCUCUCUAAGCGGCUGCAGUCUUAUGAACAACCUGCCACAGCUAUCAUUCGGCAGUGUCUACAUGAAGAUGUGGCAAGCUUUAACAGCAUUGGAUUCUGACCCCUUCCCAGGGGUAUCUCAGUUGUCGAGAACAAUCACUGACUACAUCCGUGACCAGGUCUGUGCUUGGCCUCCACAUGGCCUUCACCAUAAGGAGGAGGCUUGGGCUGGAUCUACAGGCCAUUUACUGAGCGUUAAAGACUUGACAAAAGAGUUAACAGAAACAAGACUAAACACUUCAAUGUCUCUUCCCCCCUCCCCUUCCAACAGGUCCUAUCUGGGGGAGUCCCCUCCUCCCAAUCAACUGGGUUCAGCCAAUGAUCUCAAUCGCCUUACGGGUGGACACCGACAUCUUCCUAGAGCUCGGAAAAACAUGCCAAACACUAUCACAGAAGACUGUAGUGAGGAGAAUACAGGUAGUUUACGACCUCUGGUUACGACUCAGUUCACGGAAUGGUGUUGUAAAUACUUUGCCCAGCCAACGAUGGCCAAUGGCAUCGACCAAGAAGACUUUGAAAGCCCCAGGUUUUACCAACGGGAAUACAGGUACCUAGAAAACACAAAACUGAGAAACACUGCGCGUGUAGAGUGUAUCAGGCUAAAUCGAGGAAGAAUCGACCAUCAGGUGUUCAGUGUGAGGACGCAACACGCAGCUACUGUCCUUCACUUCCAUCCGUACCUCACCCAUGUAGCGGCUGCCGGCAAAGAUACUAUCAGUGUGUGGGACUACCAGGCCAACACCAAAUUGUGCUACUGGAAGAUAGGCUCUGCCAAUGUCAAGAUCACUUCUGUUAACUUUGUGAAUGCUCACGACACUUGCUGCCUCCUAGUCACUGGUUCUGAAGAUGGCACUGUGCGGGUGUGGAACAAUUACAACGGCACUGCAGCAGGUACCAGGGAGCCACAGUUAGUUACUGCUUGGCAAGCACUGCCUGAGAGUCAGAGCCCCUCAAGAUCUACACAUUCCUCAGUAGGCAGUGGAGGCAGUGGGAUGGUGAUGACGUGGGACCAGGCGUUACAACAACUCAUAGUGGCUGACUGGAGGGUCAUCAGAGUGUGGGACGCUGACAAGGAACUCAAGGUGUGUGACUUGGCCAGCGGCAGUGACUCUCCCAUCACGUGUCUCGACUACGACCACUCUGGUGGUUCACUGUUGGCUGCAGGAUACUCUGACGGAGCUGUGCGUCUGUUUGACAGACGUCUGUCUGCGAAUGAGGCCAAAGUGAUGACUUACAGAGAACACACGCAGAAUAUCACCUGUGUUAACCUGCGCGGAGAUGGCGGCUGUACUUUGCUCACUGGAAGUGGCGGGGGAGACUUCAGAGUGAUAGACACUCGGAAGCAUUCAACAGUGGUCACCAACCAGCUGGUCCAGGGGAUGACCGCUAUGGCACCACACAGGAUGGCGGACAUAUUCGCAUGCAGUGGCGCAGUACACCAGUACAUCGGUGUGUACAGCAUGUCCGGUGUGGCGCUCAACACCAUCAAGUACCACGAGUGGUUCAUGGCAUCUCACUUUGUCCCCGUCACGUCUCUAGCGUUCCAUCCGCUGAGGAGUCACAUGGCCGCCGGCUCACUGGACACUAGCAUCACCGUGUACUCGGUGGAACCCAAGAGAUGACACUCGCUUUCGCUCAUUCACUAGCAGAGUUUCGUUUGCUCACGUCUGCUAGUGUCCGCUUGACACAUGACUCCAGUUCGCUUGCGUUUUGCGAAGGAUGACUAACUGAGGCAACUUUACACAGACUGCGAUAUUACAAAGAUGUCUCUACUUUUCCUGAUCCUUAGGUAAUUUCCAACACCGAACUUAUUUUAACAGCCUUUGUUAAUUUAUUUUAAAAUGCAUUGACAAUGUUUUAAAGCUAAAAACCUAUAGCUUAAGUAUCAAAUUAUGAUUGUUGUCAAGUAUUGUAUCAUUAAGGCAUUAAAAAUAACAGAAAUAGGUGAGCAAAAUUGUAAAUUUUGUAUUAAGGUUGAAAUGUGAAAUCUUUGUGUUUAGUUGCCAUAUGCUGCUAACAUCAGGGCGGUCAGUUUAGUAAUUCAAGAGAGGUUAUUUCAUUGUUGCCCAAGCAAAGGUUUUGGGUUUGUUUCUAACUUAUUUUAGCUUUCUACUACCUGUCUUUCCAUCUUAACUUAGUCAAGAUGUAAAAUUUUAUAUAAAUUUAAGUUCAGUAGCAAGUUUUGCCAAGACUGUCUUGUUUUCUGUUGAAAUGUUAAAUGUAUUUUUUGACGACUAUUGUUGACAAUUUUACAUUUUAUAUGCCUCAUUGGUAACUAUUUUAAUAACAGUUUAUUUAUUACAUUUAGUAGUAUUUAAGGAAAGUGAGCUUUUAUUAAAGUUAGUUAAGAUUUUUUAACAACAGUUUAUUUAGGAUGUAAGAAAGUGAACUUUUAUUUAUUUGUGGAGAACUAUAAUUUUUUUAUGUAGAAUCAGGGAUAUAGUUUUAAAAUCAAUAUAAUUGAUCAUAAUCAUUUAGGUAAUUGAGAACCAAUUUCAACAUUUUUAGAGUAGUUUUUUAAAAGACCGUCCUGAUGAAUCCAUAGGUUUUUUUAUGUCUUCUAGAUUGUUUGUAUCUUAACGUUACUGAUACAUAGUCUGUGUAUCCAUUGUGCUUGGUGAGCGAGUGAGCGUGUGUAACUUAUUGAUAAUCAAGAUUAUUUUGUUAACUAUCAAAUAUAAGUAAUUAAUUAAGAGUUAGUUAUAUCUAGAAGUAAUUAGUAAAGGCGUAGAUACAUUGUUUAGUCAUUAGUUUGGAUAAGAUAAGUGGAUUAUUUAAGUUUCAUACAUACCUUAUAGAAAAUAGUGAUGUGGAAUAUAAUAUUUACUGGAACAUAACAUUCUAAAAUUGUAGCAAAAAAAACUAGUUGUUUACCUGUCUUUUCAUUAGGGAAAUAUUGCAGCUCAUGUUAAUGUAAACAAAACAUUAGUUUAUUCCAAUAUGAAAAAGAAAAUUGAUCUUAAGAUGUUAUCCUAUAUUCAUCAUUAAAAGGUAAAUAAUCUGAACUGCGGAAAUCACUGUUCAAUAUUAGGGUGUAAAUAGGGGAAUAUGAUGUGCGGAAAAGCGUGUGAUUGGUGAGAUGCCUUGUGUUACUUUUUUGUUGACUAGGACAGCUGUUUCAUAAGCCAGAACUAGAGGUGUGCUUGUGGCUAGAUUUCUAAGCUGAGCCGAGUCUAGCUAACGAGCUCAAAAGCCGAGUCAGAAAAUUGAGUUUGUGCCAAUCUUUUAUGAUUGCAAUAUCAUCGCGAUUGCAGAAAGUGUCUACCAAGACAACACGUUUUAAAAAUUCACUCUUUUGCCAAGAUCGCGGAUGGUAACGAUAAAAUUUCCAUUUUAAUGGGAGACAAUGAUUAUGUCUUCACAACCGCAGGAGACGCUCAAGAUUUUGAAAUGAAAUGAAAAAUCAUUUAUUUACACAGGCAAAGAUAGGGCCACAUGGCCCUUUCUUACACUUAACCUGUACUUUAAAACAUAAUAUAAAUAUUUUAACAUAACCAGCUUAUACAAUAAAACAAAACGGAAAUCAUAGAUACAGAAACUUUUAUCAAAAAUCAGUAAAUUUUCAAAAUACUUACACACACACACUCACUCACACAUACAUACUAGUCAGCGACCGCCAUGCGCACAGGCCCCUACGACAAACCUACCAUGGCCAUACGUUCAAAAUAGUGAUUUUUAGUGCUGCCACAAACCGGGAACGACUAUCGAGGGAUUUAAUAGCUAAAGGGAGAUUGUUCCAAAGACGGCAAGCAGUUACAACAAACGCUCUGUCGUAAAUUGCGGUCCUAUGGUGAGGCAUACGCAAAGUUAAUGAUGCAUGGCGUGAGUAUCUGACACUUUCUUCAGCUACAAACCUAAAAUCAUCUACAAAAUAUUUUGGAAAAUUGUUUUUUAAUAUUGAAUAGGUUAGUGAAAGAUUGUUGAUUGAUCUCAGGUCACAUAGCUUUAAUAACUUAGAAUGAAUGUAGAAAGGGGUGAUGCGCUCACUGCGUCUUAGAUCAUAAAUGAAUCUUAGGCAGUAGUUCUGAGCGCGUUGGAGAGCAUCAGUGAGGUUUACAGUCAUGUCAUUGAUCAUAGAGCUGCAGUAAGUGAAGUGGGGAAAAACAAGUGAUUUAACCAGGUGUAACUUUAUGUGCAAAGGCAAGAAAUUCUAUAACUUUUUAAGUGAGUGGAUUGAUGCAAACACCUUUUUACGGAUGUCUACUACCGCAUUGCCCCAAGUAAGUGUUGAGUUGAUAGUAAGCCCAAAGUUUUUGACCUUGUCAUUGUAAAGCAAAUCUGUUUCAUUUAUAGUUAGUGGAUUCGUCGUCAGAAAGUCAAUAGAGUUCCGUAAACGUGGAUGACAAAUUAUUUUUUUGAAGAUUUUGCCGUGAUCGGGGAAGGCAAUAAUGUUUCUGUGAUUUUCUGCGAUCACAGGAGACUCUGAUGAUGUCCUCACGAUCACGGGAAAUGAUCACGUUAUUACUGCGAUAACAUGUUAUGGCAUUAUUUUAUUUAUUAUAUGGUCUUAUAGUAUUGCAUCAAAUCCAUAAUAUAAAACAGCUCGGCUCCAAAGAGGCCUGAUGCUUAAGCUUUUUUUCCAAAAGCUCGACUUGAGCUCAGCUUGAUAAAAAAUCUGAGGCUUGUACACCUCUAGCACCAUUAUCAAAGUCCAAUGAUCAAAGACAAUUCAUUACUAGUUACUAAACUAACAAAAAACAAAUAGCAACUCAGCAAGAACAACACAAAGCCAGUUGAUUGAUAUACACUCUUGAAAUGCAAAUUAUAUACAAUUUUCAGUUGUACACAUUUGUCAUCUUAUUGAGAUAACAAAGUACGAGGGUAGUUUUUAAAGUAAGAACUGUUUGUGUGUAUAGCUUAUUAGCUAGUUCUUGUUAAUUCCUGAGAUGCCAGGUCGCUCACUCUCAUCAUUUGUGAACAGAACGUGUAGACACACAACAAAGUAUACAUGUCAGCCACAGAACUGCAAAAUUUACUGGUACCGUUUAGCACUAAUGAUGCCAGUAAGUGGCAAGGAGCCUCGUUGCGGCAAACACGAACCUAGAAGCAUUACACACAAACAGCCCUUACUUAAAAAACGACCUUUGUAAACCAAUACCAUUACCAAAUCCUUGAUUGUAGCCCAUCUUUGAAUAACCGCGUCAAUUACAUUUUUACAUACAUAUAUUUACACUAUUUACAUUGAAGUAUACAUCGGAAUACACAGUUUAUUAAACACAAUAUGGAUUUAUUAAAUGGAUAUGAGCCCGUGGAAAUGAGUCUGCUAAGAGUCUGAUUAAGAACAUUUCAGCUAAGCCUGAUGGGCAUGGUUCUCCUGUAUGGAUUUCAUCAAAUGAUUUUCAUUAAAUUACUAUACUAUUUUGGAACCACAUUUGUUUGGCUGACAGAGUAAUGACUAAUUAUUUGUUAGAUUAAUAGAGCUAACCUUCAAACUUGAAGGUUGCUGGUUUGAUUCAAAGUCCAGUCAUUUCUGAACCCAGACAUCAUUUUGUCAGUAGGCUAUUUACAAAUUAUGCUAUUUAACAGUAGAUGGAUGUUAUGUGAUAGCAAACAGUAGUUUUGGACCUUCCAUUAUCAAAAUUGUAUUAAUGUAAUGGCGAUAAAGACACACAAAAAAAUAUUUGGUAUUCUGGUAUUUUUAUUUGCAAAUUUUUCCUGAAUAAAAUAAAUAAAACUCAAUACAAGAUUUUUUGAAAUAGUUAAACUCUGAUUAAAUAUAAAACAUAGCAUAUUUCCAAGACUGGUAGCAUUUAUCAUAGUUUUAAAUCUGAAUAUUUCAAACUCAAAUAUUUUUUAUUUUAGUCAAGAAAAAUAAUUGAUGCUGCAAUGAAUCCAAUAACGAAUGACAGGAGAAUCUACAAACAACUUCUAAAUAUGUUUUUAGAUAUUUCCAUUUCCAUACAGCUAGAUAGAAAGUCAGUCCUGAUAAAAUAUCUGUUGAAAGGUGAGUUUAACUGGCUAUACACAGAGUAGACUUCCCACGUAAUGUUAAAAUUUAAAACCAAGAAAAUAGAUUAUGUUAAGAACCAUCUCACCAGAGGUAUUGGGUUAAAUAUUACAGUAAUUAAAAUCAAUGCAGUAUCAUGGUUUAACUUACUACAGGUACAGGAUAAAUAAGUGUUCCGAUACUUCAAGUUUUGAGCCUUUAUUUAACAUUGCGGGAAAAAAGGUAAAGAAUACUUUUAAUUACUUCUUACAAAUGCAAUGACAUAAAAAUAUCUAUCUAAAGCUAAAGAAACAAAUACAAUCUAUGUACAUAUAGACAAUUUACAAAAUGUACAUAGAGCACUGAAUAUCGCACUAGUUUAGUUGUAAGGUACUGUAUUUUUAAAAGAGGGAAUACUGUAUAUAAAACAUGUAUAGAUUUAUUUCGCUUACAAUGCUACUUUUUAAGAUCUCUAAUGUGUCAUAGGCAGGAUUUUCUGCAGUGAUUAAUUUGUUGAAAGUCUAAAUAAAAAGCAAUCAUUGAAUGUUACCCAAAUACAUUUUUGUUUGUUUAA